AUGAAAGCAAAUAUCAGAGUUCUAGUGAUUUUCAUAUUUUUGGGCCUUCAAGGGAAUGGCAGAGCUACGCAAAAGUCGCAGCUUGGCCAACCGCUUAUACAAUUAAGUCACGACAACACCGAUGAUGAUUAUCCAGAAAUUAAAGACGAAAUUCAUUUGGAGGACUUCUUUUGGACUGGCUCCGGAGAUGGUCCUCCUGAUUUUCUAAAGAAGGUACACACCGGCAUAACCAAGGGCAAGGAUGUAAUUGUCAAGACGGAGACGGUGGUGGCCACGGUCUAUGUAGAUGGGAAUAAUGAAAUUGACAUUCCCAUUUGCAUUGACUGCAAACCGGACGAUGGGGGCGGCACCUGGGACAUGGGUGGAGGUCCUGGGAUGCCACCUCUUAACUACUCGGCCACAGAUCGUCGUUACUGGCUGCUUACGGUGAUGUCUGGCUUUUAUACGGCCAAGGAUAAUCCCACGCUCGAGGAGAAGCUUGCACGUCUAUAUCGUCUAGCUUUUACUAGACAACAGACCCGUCACCUGGGCAUAAAUGGGGCCCAGCAAAUCGAGGGUGUUAAUGUGCCAGCACCCCGGGAACGUCGCAAGUCCCUAAGCAUACCCAAUGUGAGACCCGAAACUACUACGACGGGAUCUCCAGCUGAUGAUGUGGAAAUACUGGACUUGCAGGAUGAGGACGAUGAGCACUAUAUUAAGAAUGUUAAAAGGCUAGGCGAAGACACUGAAUGGACUAAUUCCGAGGAGCAGACAGACCAGGAGGAGGAGUCGCCAGAGGUAGCUUCCAAUGGGGUCACCACCCCAAUACCGACACCAACAGGCAGCACUGAAACAACGAUGGAUUAUGGCGCAUACGUUACCCUGAUCCCAUGGGAGCUUUUGCAGCAGAAUGGGAAAUCGGAAAAGUUGCGGGAAAUGCACGAGUCCUUGUUGACUAAGCAACCGCUACAGGAACUACAGGAGCAGCAGGAGAGGCAGAAACAGGAGCAGCUCCAACAACAACAGCAACCUCUUUAUAGGAACGAGCACGUCAGAGUUGUCAUACACAACCUAACGCAAAUUAGCGAGGCGGAUGUGCAAAAGUGGAGCACGAACACGCAGGCGGAGGACACGGAGGACAUCAACUACGUCAACCUCAAAUUCAGCAAUGACAGACCCAUAGCCAACCAAACGGAGCUAAUUUAUACCGUGCUGGUUAAUGGUCGUCCCAUUUUGGCCACCACAGCAGCCAAGGAUAUGGAGUUGGUCAGUGAAGAUGAGGCGGUCAAGACAUUUGGACAGGCGGUCUAUAUGAAAUCGGAACCUUAUAUAAGAGAACCUACGGCCACGGCUCUGGCACCGGUUCCACGGAGUGGCCAGGCUGGCUUCUUUAAUUCUGUAAAGAAUAAUGUGGCUCUGGUGGUCAUUAGUUCCUUGGCCAUCCUUCUGCUAAUGCUGCUCCUUGUGGCUGUCCUACUUCUUGGAAGAACACGAGCUCGCCAAAGGGAACUGAGUGCGGUCAACAGGAAUUCUUCCCGCAACGAACUACUCUCCGAGGGUCAAUCGAUCCGACCCACAACGAGUGAAAGGACCGAAGGAGAACCAAGUCCGGAUCGCCAUUCCCGGGAAGUUGGAGUACGCAACUAUUCGUACGAUCGGGAGCCACGCAUCAGUUUUCCAGCUCCACCGGCGGAGACCCGUUCCCGUCGUCGCGAUUCCGUUUCCUCCUCGACGGACAACACCUCCGAUUCUUCGGUUUAUUGUCCCAUUAAUCCGCCGAGUGCCGAUGUCCAGCGGAUUCUGGAUGACAAGGCAGCCCGCUUGUUCGAUGGCCACAAAAGGCGGCAUCAGUACGAUCGUGCCGAGGGACAUGAGGAAACGGUAUACACCUCUGUGGUGUCCGAGAAAAAGGGCGACAAGUCCAGGCACAAGUCGAGAAGGCGUUAUCUAAAUGAGAACCGCGUGGGUUCCCUGGAGACGAGUCCCGUGCAGGGAUCGCUGGCCGGUCAUUCUUCCACUGAGGAAGUGGAAUCCCCAGAGGUGCAGCGCCGGAGCUAUGAGAACUUCCAGAGGAACGAGGCCUACAAUCCGCACAACAACUAUCACAGGAACAAGCUCUUGACCCAGAAGGCCGGAAGUGGUGUCGUCUCGACGGAGGCCAUCAACAAGGAAAUCGUUGGAAACAUGUCACCGGAUACUGCCAGCGUGGGCUCUUUCCUUUCAAUGGCCUCCGUGAGGGCCUUCCCGAAGAGCGCUUUGCCGGAGCCACUGAAUCGAGUGCUGGAUCCCGUGUUCGUUACCUACUACGACAAUGUGAAUGCCGUGGCGCCGCACAACUCUACGCGAUCGCUGAGGACCCUCUCCCAGAAGGGAUCCAAGAACUCUACCAUUGCUACCAUAGCCAGCUUCCCGAGUCCCAAGGCACCGCGCACAGUGCGCUCAGCCUCACAAAGCGAUAAUCCGGAUCCCGGCGUGGUCGGUCCUGUUGUCUGGGAGCGGCACAAGAAGAAGCAGAGCCAGGAGGCCCUGACCUAUACGGAUUACCAUGCGAGUCCGCUGCACAAUCCCUCGGCCAUCCGUAAUCAUUAUGAGGGGCUCCUCGAGGGCGCCCUCCAGAUGUACUCCAGCCAGGAUGACAUCCCCAUGCCGCUGCCCACGCAGAAUUUCACCAACAGCCGGCGGGCCACGAAGCGCGAACAUAGGGGUUCCUCUGCCGGUUUGCCCAGCUUCCAUCCGGAAUCCAGCAGCAGGAUCACUUCAGAUCGCCCGGCCACUGCCCAGCCGGAGAAGACCUCCAAGUCGGCGCACUCCACGCAGCCACCAUCACCCACUUACAGUGCCUGGGGCGGCGGUAGCAUGUAUAGCUCCCAUUCCACCCUGAACCGCCCUUUGAGCGCAGGUCCCAUCCAUCGGGUGGAGAACCGACUGGACAUAUCCAGUCAGGCAGCAUCGGGCACGGGAACAGCGCCCCUCAUUGAGGCCAUACAGAGCGAGCUGCGAAAAUUCAAGCAGCAGCAAGAGCAGGAGUAG